AUGGGGCCUCCUCUUUACCACCUAUCAGAUUUGGCCCUUCCCUCCUACCAAGGAGACCGCUGGUAACAUUCACAUUUUUACAUGGAAUUUUUCGAAAUAAAGGGGGCGGUAUAGGAUUCGAACCCCCGAUAUCACUGCUAAGACCCUCCGACUCGCCCACUCGAGCCGCUUAGCCCUUCUUAAAUUGGUGAUGAAGGUGCAUCAAGCUUAGGUUCUGCUUUAGCAAAAUGCAUUAAUCUCUCAAAUUUAAAACUUUAUCUUAAAAACAAUUAAAUUGGUGAUGAAGGUGCAUCAAACUUAGGUUCUGCUUUAGCAAAAUGCAUUAAUCUCUCAAAUUUGACACUUUUCCUUGGAAACAAUUAAAUUGGUGAUGAAGGUGCAUCAAACUUAGGUUCUGCUUUAGCAAAAUGCAUUAAUCUCUCAAAUUUGACACUUUUCCUUGGGGAAAAUUAAAUUGGUGAUGAAGGUGCAUCAAGCUUAGGUUCUGCUUUAGCAAAAUGCAUUAAUCUCUCAAAUUUAACACUUUAUCUUAAGUAAAAACAGUUUAUUUGUUUUGGAUUGUGA